AUGAAAAAUGGUAGUUUUUAUGAUUCUGGACAUACUGUAGCAGGAAUAGCGCAUAGUGGAAAUUCAAUUGUGGAUAAAUGUAUAAUCACGUUUUCCACACUUGUCUUGGAAGUAGAUAUUUUGUUCGAAAAAGCGCAAAGUACAUUCUAUAAGGCACUGAUUGUUUAUGGAGAAAAUGUUGAUGGUUGUUUGUCAACAGAAGAUGGAACAGUGAAAAUGAUUGCUCAAUUCUUGCCACAUCUUCAGGAGCUUCAAAUUUUUGUGCAGCGCUGUCAAGAAGUAUUCCGCAAUAUUAUCUGUCAACUUUACGCCUUGCUGUCAUCGAAGGACAAACUUCUGGAACAAGCACACGAAAGAAAGUUGUUGAAAAUGUGGCGCUCGCUUGGAUUAUUAUUGUCAGUUUUGAUUACUCUUGAUCAGAUUCUUCGAAAGCAAUCUACUCUACAACAACACUGGAAAUCAUACUACAAAACAAUGAAAUUGGUGAAUCGUAAUCCAUCACAUUUUAACGCAGAAUCAGAAUUGUUACCUCCAUUUCAACAACUUAUUGAUAGCAUUAAUAAAUCAAUUAUUCAAGCCAAUCUGUAUAAGGACUGCUGCCAGCAAAUUUUUGAAGAAAGUUUGCUUGAUAGUGAUUUGAUGAAUGAAAGAAUGAAAUGUAUAACGAUCGAGAUGUAUGAAAAAUGGGAUAGAAUAGCUGCUGAUGAUUUGCCGCAUAAGCGCUUUUUGAUGGCGAUUGUUGCUCUUGCUAUCUGUCAUAUGUUCAUGUUCGGAACAGCAGACAAAAAAAUGAUGCGAACUAUUUGGAAUAGCUACAAAAAACUUCCCGUCUUUCAUAUUUUUGGACAUGUUGUUUGGUCUCCGUGCGAAUUCAUUCUGGAAAACUUAAUACAAGCAGAUCGCGUGAUUGAUCACAAAAUGGUGUUAGCUAUGAAAGCUGCAAAGAAAGCGCAAUUUUUACAAAACAUGGAGGUUCUGCCGAAGGAAGCUUCAGUUUUAGCUAAUACUCUCGAUGAGUGGAAAUACCGUAUGAAUGAAGAAUUAAAGCAGAGAACAGAACAGAUGUCGAGUGAUCGCAUAUUUCAACGAAUUUCACUGUUUUUGAAAGGUAUCCGUUUUGCUGAUUUGGCUUGUCGUCUCUUAAAAACAUUGAUGAGUUGUUUAUUGGAAGAGCAGAAAGCAAUAUCACGUAGCUCUCUCUCAGCUGCUUUCCGUAUGGUUGAAAUGAUCAAGGCAGUGGAGAGAUUAUUCAAAAAAUGGUGGUAUGAUGUGUUGGAAAGUUGUCAGGAAGCGAUACAAUACACUAAUGCUGAACUUCUGACUAUAAUCAACACAGCUAGAGAAACAAUACGUAAGGAAUCUGUGCUUUCUUAUCGCACCAUUGAUACACUUUCGGCCUUAGCAGUCUCUGAGAGUGCUCUUUCAGGUGCAGUGACGCGAGCAAAUUUAAUUGUUGCGAGUGUAGCGUUAGAUAUGGCAUGUUAUGCAAAAAUAUUUCGUGGAAGUGAUGCAGAAAGAAUAGAUGAACUGCUUUCACGUUUAGAAACUCUCUCAGUGCUGGGAAAUAUCAUUUCUCGCAUAUGCAAUUGUUCAUUUCUGUUUUGGCAUCGGUCGUUCAUUGCAACAUAUUUUGAUGCGAUUAUUAGUGAUGGUUUUUGUCGACCAGAGCUUUUCUUCGAUGCCGUCAAUGAUAUUGAAACAGUACUAGAGUGGGACGAAAAAAAUAUGGAUACAGGAGUCAAAAAAUCAAUACUAGAUGAAUUGUAUAAAAUAUUUGAGGAGUUGUAUUUAAAAAAUUUGUGUGAGGCGAUCGAAACGGAUUUGCGUUUAACUGUUCAUUCACAUCUUCAACUGGAUGAUCGUACACCAAAAGAUCCAAUGCAAGAUACUGACUUGCGUUUAGUAAACUUACUUGAAAUGCCUACAUUACAUUUAUUCGAUCGACUUAUUGAUGUAAAACAAUAUGUUGAGAGAUACUUGGAACGCAUAUUUUACAAUUUGACAUCUGUCGCUCUGCAUGAUUCUCAUACUUACAUGGAAAUGAGUCUUUUGGCUAAGCAAAAAUAUGGUCUGAUUUUAUGUGAAAGUCAUCUGCCGUUUCAAAAGCUGAAUCAAGGCCCAGAUGUCCUUUAUGUUGCUCGAAACAUUGAUUCGUUUGUAGAAUCCUACAAUUAUAAUUUGAACGAGCAAUUUUUCAUCGAAAAAGAUAGUAAGAGUAAACAGUUGACAGUACUAACUGUAGAACAUGUUGCUAAUUCGAUACGAAGUCAUGGUAUGGGUAUAAUGAACACUACAAUCAAUCACGCUUAUCAGUUCCUUAAAAAGAAGUUCUAUCUCUUUUCACAGCUUCUUUACGAUGAUCGGGUUCAAAAUCAGUUGAUCAAAGAUGAUCGCUUUUUCCAUGAUAACGUUGAAAAUCUAAAAAAUAUGUAUCCGGUAAGUCGGGCACAACGGUUCAAUACCUCAAUCCGACGUCUUGGCGUUACAGUAGAUGACCUGUCAUAUCUGGAUAAAUUACGAAUAUUGAUAACCGAAGUAGGCAAUGCUAUGGGAUAUGUAAGACUAGUUAGAUCAGGUGCUGUUGAAGUGAGUGUACAAUCACUGGAGUUUCUUCCUGAUUUAGAUGAUAUCAUGUCAUUUGAACCAAUGGUGAUGAAUGCGAAAUUAUCUACCGAAAGUAUUGAUGCUGCUCGAGUAUUAGAUGGAAUUUUUGAUGUUUCAAAGAAAAAUAUUAAUCAGUCUGAUAACUAUUUGCAGAUUCUUGUAGAAGUAUUUGCGCCAGAAUUGCGAGAUAGUACGAAGUAUGAGCAUUUAAACUUUUUUUAUAUGAUUGUACCUCCUCUUACAAUCAAUUUUAUUGAUCAGAUGUUAUCAUGCAAGGGAAAAUUAGGUAGAAGAGCAAAACAGAAUAACACAUUUACAGAUGAUGGAUUCAUUCUUGGUGUAGCAUUCAUUUUAAUUUUGUUAAAACAAGAAGCCAGUUUCUCGGCUCUCAACUGGUUUCAGUCAGUAACUUGCGGUUGUACAGAAGCAAUCGUCAACACUUCUACGGUUACCAAAAGUAUGUCUAGCAAAAGUAGUUCGGAUCCCUCUACAGCAAUUCGUAUAGCAAAGCUUGAUCAUUACCAGAAGGUGCAAUGGUUGGGUCGACAAAUUUUGUAG